AAAAUGUCACAAAAAUAGCUGAACAAGAAGCCAAAUUGGACAUUUCACUAAAUAUUAUUUAAAUUUAGGGUCAGACCCUGCAGUAUUGAGAUUCGUAGUGUCUACAGAUACGGACCCGUACCCGUAGCCUGUGGCCUACGGAUACGGCGCUUUACCUUACUAUAAAUAUUAAUGAGACGACAUGAAUAUUAAUGAGCCGGCUGAUGAACGCGCUUUGUGAUUGGCUGGUAAUCCGACGUACAUAAAUAUUAAUGAGCCGGUUUGGUAAUCCGAGUGAUGAAGGCGCUUCCGUGAUUCGAGGUGAAUCUGCGUGCCGAACCUGUCAUGUCAGUCAUCUGCUGUUCUCUUUUCUAUCAUGCAUAAUGUCUUAUAAAUAUCAUUAUCUGACUUUUUCACGGACAGCGAUUUGGGGGUUGAAAUCAGCACUACUAUUAAAAAUAGCAAAACUUUUUAUUCACGUGACCCUGUUCUAAUAAAGCACAAACAGCAAACAAAACAAAUGGCGGAACUAACAGCCAGCAAACUACAAGUAUUUUUUACCUUCAAAAGUAGCGACAGACUAUUACAUAUUAACAACCUAAACAAAACCCUGACGUAUUUUCUGCGUCUGUCAACACAGACCCUGCACGUCAGUCACUUUAAUGUUAGCGGACUCUGUUGAAUGGCUAAUUUACAUCACCACAAACAAAUCUCACAAUAUCACAGUGAAUCGAGUUUGUGGGUUUUUUUUUAAUUCAUGCCGAAUUAAAGAGCUGCUCCUCACCAUUCACGAGUGUUUGUUUCAUAUUCGACAUCCUUAAUUUUAUCUUGUAAAUUAGCGUCCGAAAUUAAAUGGGAACAUUUGCAAUGGAGUUCGUCAGCCGCUUCCACCACUGAACGCGGUAAACUAAUUAAUAGGAACUGGACUUCAAACAGUUUAGACACGGCGUCUAAAAGCGUAAAAACUGCAAUGUCUAAAGUGUGAGAGGAGACGGUGUAUUUUUGGUUAAAUUAUACAAUGUUCGCCGUCAAAGUCAUUCAUAUAAACUGCCUGUAAUGUGCAGCAAAUAGUAGUUAACCGGCGCCAGCUCUUCAGUGACCUUAACGGGUCCGUACCUCUAGUACAGAUGCUAUGAGUACGGGUCCGUACCUGUAGCAUCAACCAUUGAGAUUAAGAAAUCAAAUCUAUAAAAUGUAAAUACACUGAACUCAUUUGGAUAUACAGGGUGACACAAAAAACAGGAACUUUUUAACAAUCCAAUAAAACCAAGAGUGAUAGAAGAAAAAAUAUUUUAUUCAUAGUAAUUGAAACCUUAAAACAUGCCAUUUAAGAAAGAAUGAUGGAAUUUUCAUUUUUGAAAAACUACGUCCUGUAGAUGGUGUCCUCCUGUAUAAAUGCAUUCUUGAAAUCUGGGGCAUUUGACUUCAUGUUUCCACAUGUUUGGAGCUGCAUUUAUUCCACAGAUUUAACUUUUGUUCCAGUGAAAAUGAUCCAUCAGCAGAUCAUUUGCACUGUAACAAAAGUAAAUCUGCACCCAGUUAAUGACAAACACGAGUGGAGCUGUUGAAGGCAGGAUGUGGGACUGUGGAAGAUGCUGGAGCUGAAGUGUCAGCGUGUGAUCCACCGUCACGGACAGAAUCAGCAAAAUUGAUGUGCUUCCUAAAGUGUGAGUGAUGUGUGAUGAGAUCCAAAAAAGUGUAUAAAUAGAAAAGGCUGUUAUUGUGGUGAUUUCAUGAAGCAUUUUCAAACAGUGAUUGAGCUCCAUUUCAGAAACAGUCAGAUCCGCUGGAAGUAAAUAUAGAUUUAAAAAUAAAAAUAAAAUUCCAGAAAAAAUGGAGAGGCACACGUUUGUUGACCUUGCAGCAGCCACCUGCAGCUCCAGAGUGUUGACGGAGCUGCCGGCCUCAGACAAUUCAUAUCAUGUGCACUUCAAAUGAGAAGUCACAGUGGAGGUUUUGUUUCUUAAUACCAUUUAAACAAUUCAUGCCACGUACCACUCGAUAUGAGAAGGCCCGCUGUAGAUAUUGUUUUUCGGUCAGGGGCUAAAGUGCAGGUCAAACCCAUCUCCAAUAAACUCCUAGUAUUCCAGCUGUAUUUAUAGUCAACGGACCGGAUGUUGGUCUCACUCAUGGAGUUCUCAAAAUUAUUUAGAGGCAUUUCCACGUGCGACACAAUCUCCUAGGAAAACCUGACCACCCCACGGUGGUUUGACAUUUUUAUUUGCUUUAGUUUUCGCGUGAGCGGCUGGAUUAGUUUCGUCUGAGGCUGCCCCUUGGAAUUCUGGGUAAUCAUUGCUACGUCUCUGCAGAGCAUAGACUACAGUCUAUGGUAGCGCGUUAGCCUAUCUAAUCUUCUGUCUACAUCUAUGGUCAGCUUGUCUGGUAGCAUCUCUGGCUGCUGAUGACCUUGUUUUUGGAGUAAAACACGGUAAGAAGAUUAAUACUUUUAACCACUAGCAUUGUUUUGUUGCGUGUUAAGUCAGCGACUUGUGAAGAGUUGUGUUUUGUCGUGUUUGAGCAGUUGGUCCAGACGUGUUAGCUAGCUAAGCGGCUAGGUUAGCUAGCGGGCAGUGGCGGCUUGUUAAUCGGGGGCGCUAGGGCGCCGCCCCCAUCAAGAUUUUGUGAUAAAGGUAUUGAUACAGUAAACAUAAAUACGUAUUUAAAGCCUACCCGAUGCUGAAUGGAAGCAAGCUGAAGACAGAACGCGGUCUCAUCUCCAGCAAAGUAGAGUUCAGAGCCUGCUGUGGUGCACUGGACCUAUUCCAGCUGUUUAUGGAGAACAAUCUUGAAGUUGUCUUUUCAGAAACUGUCAAUCUUUUAAGGAUCCUGAUCACCACACCCAUGACCACAGCUGAAGCAGAGAGGUGUUUCUCAACCUUGAAAAGAGUGAAAACAUUUCUCAGAAACACCAUGACCCAGGAAAGGCUGAAUGCCUUGGCCAUGCUCUCCAUGGAAAAAGAGACUUGUUUGUGAAAUGACAGAUUUCAAUCAGAAAGUCAUUGAUAAAUUUGCUGGCCUGAAGGAGAGGAGAGCAAAAUUGAUGUUCAAGUAAUUGUUUUGUUGUGUUGUAAUGCCCGUCUGCUAGUUUGGGCUGAUGUUUGGGCUGCGAGGGCCGGUGUUCAGUCAUGCCACUGGAUUGAUCAUUCUGCUGCUGCCGCUGUUCCUGAGCCGCCUCCAUUGGCAGCUCUUUCUUGUUUUUUUUGUUUGUUUGUUUUUUUUGUUGCAGACGCACCGUGACGUAACACGUCCGUGCACACGGUCAGAGGUGUUUGAAACAUAUAUGUCUAUGGUUUGAAAGAUGAAAACAGGAAGAGCAAAGGUGGUGUGGAGUAGUGACCCAUUUUAUUUUUUAUCAUUAAAAGACAGUAAAUACACAAAGCCCACAAGUGACAGAGAAUAGGAAGAGAUAAAAACAUUUACUGUCAUUACCGAUGUCCAGUUUUAAUAAAGUUCAUGCAACUUUUAUAAAAUGAUGAAAGUGAAUAAAUUGUAUUUGUGUGAUCUGUGUUUGAUAGCUGUCUUUUCUCCGGUCAUCCAGAUGUUCAGAGGGAGGUGAUGCCACAUCUGGUCCAGCUGAUGGAAGGUUUUGAAGUUCUCUGACUGAAGAUGGUCCUCUGACUGGAUUUAAGGUUCAGAUGCUCAGGAACAAACUCCACCAAUGAGCCAACAGGGAAGCUUUAGGAUUAUUAAAUGCUGCUAUGAAGGUUUCGCUGUUUUUCUUUGUGAAUGCAAUGUGCUCCAACUGAAACUUGAACUAGAACUUAGAAGUAAAUCCUUCCAUCUGACAGGAUUUAGUUGCAUUAAUAACCUCAUGACAUUCUAAUUUUUAUCCCAGUCUUGGUUGGAAAUAGAAUCUCUGUAUUGAUUCAGGUAAAAACUGAACUUCACAGCAUGUUGGAGCAAAACAAGCAGAUGAAAAGUGUGAUGGUGUUGGGCUGUCAGACCGUAAUGUUGCAGCUUUUCUAUCUCAGUUCAUUCUGACAUUCAGCUCUGAAUCUACAGCAGAUCCAGUUGAUGGUGAUCCAUGCUGUGGAAGUCUCACAUCUCCUCAUUUAAUUACACUGUUUUUUUCACCAACACUUUAUUUAAUAAAAGUCCCAUUUAGUUUUUAUGACUUUUUUUUUUUUUUUAAAUGUGACGUUUUAAUUUCUCUGUGAAUAACUGCAGUCUAGUGGAACAGCUGGAGUUGUAACAUCUGUUACAUGUUAAUCAGCAAUUCAAAAGUAAUGGCUGUUUUUGAUUAUUUAAUUUUCAAUGCAUUUUUAUUUAUUGUUACUUUUGUGAGUUUCAAGUGAUUUCAGUGAGAAUUGUGGGUUUUUCCCUCUUUAACUGAGGGGUACCAACAAUUUUGUCCACGUGUGUAAUACAUCAGAUGUGUUCUAUGGUAACUGCAUGGUCCCUGAUCAAAUAAAUGAAUGCAUGAAAAAUAACUCCAGAAAAGGGUUUUAAUAAGGUUCCUCCAGGAACCCUCCAAGAAAGCAGGGUUCCUUCAUCAUCCCCAGAGUUCUUUGAGGUUCUCCUGGUGCUAAGAGAGCAGCUUUCAAAUCUACACUAGUUAUUGGUGUGUUUCCUUCUGUUGGAGGAAUGAUCUGCUGAAAACACGUCUUUCUAUCCUGGAUUUCUUCACACUGAGGCAGAUCAAGUGAUGCACAACUGAUGAUCCUGAAGGAAACUGAAGCCCACAGAUUCUCGCUUGUCCUCUUCUACAGGUUUGUUCUGGAUGAACUUCAGAAACAUGCUGAAGUUGACAGUGAGAGUGUGUGCAGUAAACGGACUUUAUCUCUGCUUGUGCUGCAUCGUUUCCAUCCUUUUCCUGUUGUUAAGGAGGAAACCUCAGCUCUGAUAUCACAGCAUCUGCUCACAUCAGGACACUUGAUCUGUUCUCUGUGGUUUUUAACGUCUUCACUUGUGAGAAGCAGCUCGUCUGUUGACUGACGACAGAUAAAAGAGGAAGAAAGCCUUGGUGAGCAGACGGACGUGGACCUGGACAUGGAUCACCUGCUGCUGCUGCUGCUGCUGUGGAGUUCAGGUACGACUCAAUGCUCACAGAGAUUAGAACAGAAGAAUACAGGAAAAGGAAAUAUGAGACACCAGCUAGAACUUCUGCACCUUUUUCUCUCUUUGUGCUUAUUUUAGUUUGACGUUCUGUAGAUUCAUGCGGUUGAUUUGUUGUCAUUUUUGCUCAUUUAGUGUUUCGUUUCGCACAUUUCUAGGGUUAUUUCCUUCUGAUUUUUGGUCCAAUCUUUGUUAGAUUUUUGUCAUUUUGUGCCACAUUUUCAUUGUGUUGCAUCAUUUUGAGGUUGUGUUCAAUUUUGGUCGUAUUGUGUCUCAGUUUGGUCUUUUUGCAUCAGUUUGUAGCCGUUUGAUGUCUAAUUCUGGUCUUUUUCUUGUUGUUUGCAUUUAGUUUUGGACAUUUUGUGUGUGAUUGUGGUCACUCUGUGUGUGAUUUGUGUAGUUUUAUAUCUCAUUUGGGACAUUGUGAGUGUCCUUGUGUUCAUUCUGCAUCUCGUGAAGUGAACAUUUCACAUUUCAGCCUCCGAGCUUGGACCAGCCGUUGGCUUCAGCUCUGCAGCGCAGCAGCGAGUCACUCAGCUGAUAAUCCAGAAUCAGUUUGUGUUUUCUGAGAGUGUUGAUCAGAAUUGUGCCUCAUGUUGUUUCUGUCAGGCCUCAGAGGUGGAGGACGCCUGGCCUCAGCAGGUAAACACACAACACCAACAUGAAUCCUCGCUGCCUUUACUGGAGCUCACAUUAAUCUCAUAAGUCACUGAUACGUCUCAGACUCUAAGUGCAGCAGCUUUGGACGGGUUUUACUUCUUUGUGGCCGUUUCAUUUCAUUUGGCACAUUUUGUGUCUCUCUUUGCAUCUGUUUGUGCUCAUUUUGUGUCUUUCUGGUUGUUUUUUGUCACAUUUGUCUGUUUUGCAUCUGCAGCCGUUCUGUGUCUCUUUGUGGCUGUUUUAUUUGUGGUUGCAUUUAAAUUGUGUUAUUUUGUGUCACAUUUGUUUGUUUUCUGUCUGACUGGUCACUUUGCAUCUCUUCAUGUUUUCUUUUUGGUCACCUGUUGUGGAAUUUGUGUCUCAGGUUGAUUAUUUUUUGUCUUUCUAGUUGUUUGUGUUGAAUGUGGGUCAUUCUGUUGCCUCUUUUUGCCAUUUUCCAUCUUCUUGUGGCCAUUUUGCAUCUAUUUGUGGUUGUUUUUUGUCACAUUUGGUAAUUUAGUGCCACAUUUUGCUCAUGUUGCAUCUCUUUGUUGCUGCUCUUUGUGCUCAUUUAACAUCUUUUUACGGUUAUUUUGCCACAUAGAGUGACUUUUGUGUCACUUUGCAUCUUUUUGUUGCCAUUUCUUGUGUUUGUGGCCGUUUUAAAUCCGGUAACGUGCGUCUCAGAGCCUCUUAAUCAGCCUGUAUCAUCUGUCCACUGUUCUGUAACAACCCGUUUACAUGUUACAUAGAAAACAUACAAAUAAAGAGAGACAUCUAUCAUGAGUGGUUCAGUUUAAAAGCGCUGAGGACACUCUGAGCAACAUCACUUCAAUGUCAAAACUACUUUUCCUCUCAAUCACUGCAUUAUUUCUCAGUAGAACAGCAAAAUAUUUAAUCUGAUGAAUAAUCAAAAACAAACACUUUAUAAAUAAGAUUUAAGACUUUAUUCUAAAUCCAGGCUCCACAGUAGAAACUCAAAGUGAAUCCAGCUGUGAUUCCAGUCAGUCUAACUGCUGAACACGGUCCUAAAAUGAGCUGAGAACAGCAGAACGUUCUCAGUUCUGGACCUGUGGAGUGAGUCUAUCUAUGUCUGUAUCAUGGCUCCACAUGGAGAAGAACUGAACAGAGGAAGAGAAACAUCUGACUGAGAGACUCGACAAAGAUGGAAAACGAUCCAGGAAGAUCAGUGAGCAACUAAAAACCAGUAACGCACAGACUCAGCAGGAAUCAGGAGGUCUAGAAGGAGUCAUAGUACCACUAAUCAGGAGGUCUAGAAGGAGUCAUAGUUCCACUAAUCAGGAGGUCUAGAAGGAGUCAUAGUAGCACUAAUCAGGAGGUCUAGAAGGAGUCAUAGUACCACUAAUAAGGAGGUGUAGAAGGAGUCAUAGCACCACUAAUCAGGAGGUGUAGAAAGAGUCAUAGUAGCACUAAUCAGGAGGUCUAGAAGGAGUCAUAGUACCACUAAUCAGGAGGUCUAGAAGGAGUCAUAGUAGCACUAAUCAGGAGGUCUAGAAGGAGUCAUAGUUCCACUAAUCAGGAGGUCUAGAAGGAGUCAUAGUAGCACUAAUCAGGAGGUCUAGAAGGAGUCAUAGUUCCACUAAUCAGGAGGUCUAGAAGGAGUCAUAGUACCACUAAUAGGGAGGUGUAGAAGGAGUCAUAGCACCACUAAUCAGGAGGUGUAGAAAGAGUCAUAGUAGCACUAAUCAGGAGGUCUAGAAGGAGUCAUAGUACCACUAAUCAGGAGGUCUAGAAGGAGUCAUAGUAGCACUAAUCAGGAGGUCUAGAAGGAGUCAUAGUUCCACUAAUCAGGAGGUCUAGAAGGAGUCAUAGUAGCACUAAUCAGGAGGUCUAGAAGGAGUCAUAGUACCACUAAUCAGGAGGUUUAGAAUGAGUCAUAGUACCACUGAUCAGGAGGUCUAGAAGGAGUCAUAGUAGCAAUAAUCAGGAGGUGUAGAAGGAGUCAUAGCUCCACCAAUCAGAAGUCCUAAAAUGACUCCACAGACAGUGAACUACUUUCUCCAUCCAUCUGUAAAAACAGACAUCAGCUGCUGCAGACUUGGUUCAGGGGUUCUCCAUGGAAACCAGAGUUAGUGUGAAGCUCAGACAGUGUGAAGGAACCUUCAGAACAUCAACUUCUAUGGACGGAGGACCAGAACUAAACCUGGCUGCUGCUCAGAACUAAACUUCCAGAUGAAAGUUUGCUGAAGAACAUGAGAUGAAGCCUGAUGGAUGCUGGAGAACAUUCUUUGGUCAGAUGAAGAUCAAUGAGUUGGGCUCAGAUGGAGUCCAGAUGUUUGGUGAGAACCUGACCAGGACUAUCACAGUGGAUGCAUGGUCCUGACAGUGAAGCAUGGAGGUGGGAGUGUGAUGAUCUGAGGCUGCAUGGCGUCAGAAGGUGGGUCUGAGGAGGAACCAGAAUGCUGGCUGACCAGAUGAAGAAGAGGAACAUUCCAGCAGGAGAACAUCCAGAGAACAUCAUCACACCAGAGCUUCUCCACUAGAACCAAGUGGAACCAGGACCCGGACAGUGUAAGUCCUGAAGCCAGCAGAACCUUUGAGGUGUUCUCCAGAGAAAGGUAGACCAACACAACCCCUCCAGCAGAGAGCAGCCGAAGAACAAAGAAGAAUGUGAGAAGAUGUGAGCAGAAAUGAGUGGACUCUGGUUUUCUGCAUGAGGAGGACUGAGUCAUCAGAGAUAAAGGAGGACAUAUGAAGGACUGGAGGAACCAAAGAACCUCAGGAAACAUGGAGUCACUUUAGGUCCACUGAGUUCCUGCUGUGGAGCCUGAAUUUAAUCCAUGAAAUCUGAACUGUAGUUUGGAAUCUGAUACCAGAGUAGAUACUAUUACUGCUGUAGAAGUAAUCUGAUUACUGUGAGGACAAAUAGAGGCUUCUAAAUAGAGAAAUGAUAUGUUGUUGGUUUUUUUUGGUAUUUUCUUGUUUCCCACAAUCCUUUGUUUUGUUGCAGCUGCUCAGUGUGAAGCAGCCAAAGCUGACAUUGUGCUGUUGGUGGAUGAAUCUUCAAGUAUCUCCUUCCGGGACUUCUGGAUCAUGCGACAGUUUUUUCUUGAGAUAAUCAAAAUAUUCAACAUUGGCCCAGAUACAGUGCAGAUGGGUAAUGUUUUACUGUCUCAGGAUUAGAACUGAUUCUGUGUCUUUAACCCUCUGAGGUUCAUUUUUCAAUCUGAAGUCUUUGAUCAGGGCAACAAUGGCAGCACUGGGGUUUGAUACUCUGACCUUCUGAUCAGAGGCUUAGAGACUCAACCAUUGAGCACUAUUGUCAUGUUGCUGUUAUGAAUAAUCAGCUCCUUGCUGUCGUUCUUCAGGUCUGACUUCAUUCGCUAGGACACCAAAGACCAUGUGGGAGCUGAACACCCACCACACCAAAGAGUCGCUGCUGGAGGCUGUCUACAGAUUGAAACAAAUAGGUGGAGACACCUACAUAGGAAAGGCUCUGGAACACAUCCUCCGCUACAGCUUUAAAUACGACAAGGGAAUGCGACCAGACGCGAAAAAAAUUGUUGUUGUUGUCACUGAUGGAGAUUCCAUAGAUGAUGUAGAGGAGCCUGCUGAGCACCUGAGAGACACCGGCAUCGAGGUCUACGCGAUCGGUAUCCAGGAUGCCUUAGAGCUCCAGUUGCUGAUGAUGACCGCUGAUGUUGAUCACAUGUACAUUGCCGAAGACUUCAGUUCUCUACUACAAAUUGUCAACGAUUUCUCCAUCAGCCUCUGUAACAGCGCUACGAGCCGAGACUCUGUGAGGCUGGUGAAUGGAACCAGUCUGUGUUCAGGAAGACUGGAGGUCAGAUCCAACCAGUUUAACCAGUCUAACCAGUCUAACCAGUCCAACCAGGGGUGGUCCUCGGUGUGUGAGGCUGACUUUGACCUGCAGGAUGCUGAGGUGGUCUGCAGGGAGCUGGACUGUGGGGCUCCUUGGGUCCUCCGGGGGGCGCUCUAUGGAGAGGUGGAGACUCCAUGGUGGAGCAGAGAGUUCCAGUGUGGAGGCCGUGAGUCUGCUCUGAUGGAGUGUAGAAGCUCCGCCUCACAUAGAAACACCUGCUCACCUGGCAGAGCUGCUGGACUCACCUGCUCAGAGCCGCUCAGGUUGGUGGGAGGAGCCAGUCGCUGUGCAGGUGUUCUGCAGGUGAAGCUGGUGGAGUGGAGGAUGGUGGACGGCUCUGACUGGAGCCUGAAGGCAGCAGCUGCAGCCUGCACAGAGCUGCAAUGUGGUUCUGCUGUUUUAACAGCGAGCAGCAACCAGUCCUCAGAGAGUCCAGGGUGGAGCGUCGACCGUCGGUGCGUUGAGGCCGGAUGGAGGCUGAGGGAGUGUUCCAGGUCCACUUGGUCCUCCUCCACCGUGGAGAUCGUCUGCUCAGACCUGCUGGAGCGGCCCAUCAUCUUGGCGUCCUCUGUGGACGGGGUCUCUGAGGCCCAGCAGCAGGGCUUCCGGGUGUCCUGGCGCUCCAGCUUCACCCUCAGCUGCUCCAUCCAGCCUCAGUACCCAGGAGGCUCCUUCCAGCUCAGCUUCACCUCCUCCUCCAACACCACGCUCAGCCGCACCCAGGAGGCCGUCAAUCACUCCGCCCACUUCCUGUUUCCUGUCACAGACCACGCCCACCAAGGCAGCUACACCUGCGUCUAUCACGUCCACGUCUUUUCCCACAACUUCUCCUCCGAGAGCCGCCGGCUGUCUCUGGUGGUCUCAGAUCCAACAGUGUUCUUCAUCAGACUGACGCUGCUGCUGCUCAGUCUGCUGAUCUUCACGUCUCUCAUCUGUUUCAGCCACAAGACCGCCAGGAAGUACAAGAGGAGUCCACAGGAGGACGUGGAGGUGGAGCAGCAGACCAGGAGAAGAAGGAGGAUCCUCCAGGUGGAGCAGCAGAUCUGAAGAAGAAGGAGGAUCCUCCAGGUGGAGCAGCAGAUCUGAAGAAGAAGGAGGAUCCUCCAGGUGGAGCAGCAGAUCUGAAGAAGAAGAAGGAGGAUCCUCCAGGUGGAGCAGCAGACCAGGAGAAGAAGGAGGAUCCUCCAGGUGGAGCAGCAGAUCUGAAGAAGGAGGAGGAUCCUCCAGGUGGAGCAGCAGAUCUGAAGAAGAAGGAGGAUCCUCCAGGUGGAGCAGCAGAUCUGAAGAAGAAGGAGGAUCCUCCAGGUGGAGCAGCAGAUCUGAAGAAGAAGGAGGAUCCUCCAGGUGGAGCAGCACUGAUGGUCUGGAGGAACCCAUCAGCUGGUUAGAGUUUCAUAGAAGGUCUGCUUUCGUCCAGAGAUCUUCAGUUCACUGAAAAUAUUCACAUUUCAGAGUUUAAAUGAGACUUUCAGUGUUUGUGUUUAAAAUGCUCUGAUCAUGGAUCAGAACAGUUCCUGUAAUAAUUAACGACUGAUCGAUUGAUCGUUCUACCUCCAGCUGGUGGAGAACGUUCUCAGAUCCUUUACUUCAGUAAAGCAGGAAUACCACAGUGUACAAAUAUGUAGCAGUACUGCAGUAAAAGUACUCAGUAUAACCUCAGAUCAUUUAUUACUCUGUAUUUCUGUAUUUUACUGUUUUAUUAUUAAUGUUUGCUAAAGCAGCAGUCAGUGAUUAUUUUUAUCAUUUCUACAUUUCCUCAUUUAUCGGUUGGUUUGUAAAAAUUAAUACCGUUGUAUGAAUACUCGUGAAAAUGUCUCCUGUUGUGUAUUUUUACUGAUUUGUUCUUUAAUAAAGUUUGACCAUAAAAUUA